UCAGGGAAGGGUUGUGUGUGGAGAGGAAGUCAGAGGAGAGGGCCUGGGAGGGGGUCGGUGUGUGAGGACAGAAGUCAAAGAGCGACUUUGCAAGAGAAAGAACAUCUGCAAACAAGAUGCUGUUCCUGCAACUUGUGCUGUUGGCGGUUCUCCUCCCGGGGGGUGACAGCGAAGAUGAUUCCCAGGAGCCGAUCUCCUUCCGGAUCAUCCUGACCACAUCCUUUUACAGCAGUUCCUCAACGCAGAAUCAAGGCUCAGCUUGGCUGGAUGAGCUGCAGACUCACGGCUGGAACAACAAGACAGGAGCUUUCCGUUACCUGCAGCCUUGGUCCAAGGGCAACUUCAGCAACGAGGAGCUCCUGGAAGUGCAGAACUUAUUCUACACAUACACCAUCCGAUCCCCUUCCACAUUUCAUAACCACAUCCGUGACUGGCAACUUGAAUAUCCCUUUCAGAUUCAGCUGGUAUUAGGCUGUGAUUCCCACUUUGGAGAAGCAUCAGCAGGCUUCCUGCAGUUGGCUUAUCAGGGAUCUGAUCUCCUGAGCUUCCAGAACACGUCAUGGAGGCCAUCUCCAGAGGGAGGAAGUAGGGCUCAGAAGGUCUGCAGUCUUUUCAAUGAAUACCAUGUUUUCAUUGAAAUAGUCCACAAGCUCCUCUUUGACUCCUGCCCCCGGUUCCUGUUGGGUCUUCUUGAUGCAGGGAAAGCAUAUCUCCAGCGACAAGUGAGGCCCGAGGCCUGGCUGUCCACUGGCCCCAGCCCUGGGCCUGGCCAUCUGCUGCUAGUGUGCCAUGUCUCUGGCUUCUACCCCAAGCCUGUGUGGGUGACGUGGAUGCGGGGUGUCCUUGGAUGUGAAAGCCAAGGAGGCAGCUGGCCUGUCCUGCCGGGUGAGACACAGCAGUCUAGGAGGCCAGGACAUGGUCCUCCACUGGGAGCAGCCCCACUCCGUGGGCUUGGUCUUCCUGGUGGUGAUCGUGCCCCUGGUGCUCCUGGCAGGCCUGGCGUGGUGGCUCUGGAAGCGCUGGAAAGCCCACUGGAGACCUCAGUGCACAGACUUCCCUUCGGAGCGGGAUCUCAGCCGCCCAGGCUCCAGCACUUACCUAAACCCAGCUCAGCACUGACGUCCUGGCCACUCCCUGUGGCCAACUCUUCCUUAGUCCUCCCUGUCGACCGGUUCUCAGUGUGAGCUCAGCAUGAUUCAGGGGGAUUUGUUGUUCUGACUUGGUUCUGGAACUUAAAUUUCAAAAUUUAACUCAGCAUAACCUGAUGCCCCAGCAACCUCAUAGGUCACAGACAUCAUAUCCUCCAGUGAGUCAUCCUUUCCACCAGUGAGCCGUCCCUGAGUCAGUGGUGGAGGCCGUCUCUGCCUGGCGACAAUUGCCACCACCUUUUCCUUCACUUUGGCAAUUCUAUUCCUGACCCCCAUCCCUUGUUGCCCCCAUCAGGUCCUUUUCCCUUCUAAUUCUUAGGAUUCUUGAGAGCAAAGUCCAUGUCUUUUUAAUAUUUGCAUCCUUGGCAAGGAGCCUCAGCUACAGGGAAAAUGUCCUCAGUAAUAAAAACCUGCGUUAAAUUCUUA